UUUCGUCUUUUAUAGAGUCAAAACGUAAAUUAAAUAAAAUUCGUGUUGAAAUGUGAUAUAUAAUAAUUAGCUAAGUUUGUAUCGUGCUUAUGUAAUUGCAAACAACGUUAUCAUCGUUUAAAUUCAACGCGUGUGCCAACUAGUGACAAUUGAAGGAGGAUAAAUACAUUGUUUUUUUUGUGAUAUGUAACAGUACACGAUGGUCCCGAAUUCGCAACUGCAAGAUAAAUAUAACAAAAUUAGAAAAAAUUUCUGCUUUUACUUGGAUAUUCAAAAUCCUGCAUUGUCUCGGUCAAUAUCCCGAAGAUUACAAGACAUGGGUUUGCGUGAAGAAGUGUUCCUGACAUCUCGUGUUACGCACGUAGUGUGUGCAGAGAAGGCGCGAUGCGCGCGUGAGGGUCGCUCCCGCGCCGAUGCCAUGCUGCAGCGCCUGCGGGCUCGGACCACACACACAUACGUUCAACUCACUGUGCAGAAAGCUAUAAGUCUAUUGGAUAAACUGUAUGACACAUUCUUCACGGCACCACAUAAAGCGCAUGUCAACCUCUUCAGUAAACAUUUUAUCAAGAUUGAAUUUUUGGACAAACUAUGGAGGCCAGUUUUCAAGGAGUUUGAUGAAUGGCCACUUAUAUCACUAGAACCUGAUCCACCAAAGGAGAAGAUAGUUAAAAAAGAAUCUCCGGAACAGCAAGUAAACGCAAUUCCAUCCAAUAACAACACCAUAUCAAAAAUGACAAGAAAGAGUCGGCCUCGCAUCAAAGAAAAGGAAGAUAAGGAACAGAAGGGAGGCUACUGUGAGAUGUGUAACACUGAUUACAUCGACGCGGCACUUCAUCGGCGCUCCCCACAUCAUCUGGCCUUUGUCAGAGAUCAUACAAACUUCCUGGCAUUAGAUACUCUCAUUACUUCAGGAGCUGAUGUCAGUACAUUCUUAGACAAAGCGACCCCAGUCAAUGGAGAGCGAAGAUCACUUCGUAAAAUAUGUAAUGGUGAUACGGAACCAAAAGGAAAGAGAUCAAAACUCUCCCAAUCCCCAGACCUUAACGGUCACGCUAGUCCAAGACGUAAUGGAGGUUUGGAAGAUGAAAGAAAACACAACACCAGAUGUAGUAAACGGACGAGCGAUUCCCGAACUUCUGAAGAUCGUCAGUAUUAUAAGGUGGUCGGUGUGAGCACAAAACUGCGCUCGAGUGGUGGAUUUGUGAAGAAAAAAGAAUCUCCACCUACUUGUAACGGAGCUAAACCACUCGUUGUUAAGUUUCGCAAAGUAAGACGUUCAGAGUUAUCGGUGCUGAGUGACGAAGCAGAGCAGUUCAUGUUUCCCAAGCGUGCUAGCUCAACUAGCUCAUCGUCUUCCGAAGAUGAGGAGCCUGUAGAGCUUCCUUUAUCUAGGAGAAGAACGCCUCCACAGCCCCCACCGCUUCUUGAACGUCAGCGCCUUGCUAGACCAAUUGCGCUUAAAGAAGAAUCCUCAGAAGAAGACAGUUGGCCUGAAGAUAAGAGAAGACGUAAAAGACGAGGGCCAUCUGUUGUUAAACGGGGACGAAAGUCUGUGGCAAAAGCUUCUGUAGCGGAGCCUCUGGUGAAAGUCCCUGAAUGUCCUCCAGAAAAAAUAGAAGAAUCACCAAAGCCAGAAGUUAGUCCUUUAAGAGAAGAACCCUCAGAGAAAUGCUUAAAGUGGGAGGACGGCAGACUUAAGUAUACACCAGCUGUUGAACAGUUAGAAUUUGCAUUUGAAUCAGUUCCUCAGAGUGAACCCUGGUUUGAAACUUUUAAGCGGCAAGAUCAGGAUAAACUAGUGACGAAAAAUGUGCCACAGUAUUUUGAAUUGUACUCUAAGUCACCAAAGUUACCAUAUGAAAUCAGUCAGUUACCACCAUUAAAACCAAAUUGCUGUCCACUGAGUGAUCUCGUCAAACGGGAAGAAAAACCUGGUCCUUCGCGAUCUUAUGGUACAAGAGGGAUGAAAAAGCAGAAAAUAAGAAAACGGACAGCAGCUCUCAUCGCACUGGAAGGUCACUCUAGGAAAUCACCCAGGGAACAUGCAUCUACCUUAGCUAUACUAGGAUCUGCAGGAUUACUACACAGACGGAAACAUAAUGAAGAUACAAAAUCAACAGCAUCCGAAGAAACAGUCAGUGACACUCAUAGUAACACUAAGGUCGAGUCAGUAUUAUCUGAAACCCAGGAAGCUUCUGAAAGACUGCAGCAAUUCUUGUCUGAAGUAUUUGAAGAACCUACAGACUACGAUAUCUAUGACCAAUUAAUGGGAGAUGAAACAUCUGUCAUAGCUUCAAAAAACAUACCUGAUGUGUCAAGUUUAGUUUCAGAGUGUGAAGGUUGUGACAUUAUUAGGAAAGAAAUCUCUCAAGGGAGCUCGGGACGUUUACGAGGAAGAAGGGGGAAAUUCAAAAAGAAGAACAAAACAGGUUGGCCGAGUAAGAGAAAGCAGACAAAGAAAGACCCAAGAACCAACAGUGUGGAGCAAGAACCGAAGGAAGGAAGUAGCAGGGAGAGGUCUUCAGCAGAGUCACCCGACGAUGACACAUCCCAGGAUACAAUCAGUGAAGAAGAUCGGACAUUAGAAGACACAGACAGAGAUAAGACCUUGGUAGAGGAUAAGUUAAAAUUGGAUGAGAUUCAACAACAUGAAUCUCCCAAGAAAGACAUAGAUAAAACACUAUCUGAAAAAAUAAAAGAUAUUGUUGACACAUUGGAAGCCGAUGAUGAGGAAAAGGAACCUGUCAAAGAACAAUUACAGUUAGAUUUAAAAGUGGUAGUUCAGGAUAAGAUUAAUGAAAAGUCUACAAAAUGUGGCAGUGAGAAAGAUAAAGAAGUCAACUCUUCAAUGUCUGACGAUGAUAAAGAUGAUAAGGCUAAGAAGAGGAAGAAGACGCUGCAAAGCUUACUCCUCCAGCCCAUAGUGCGUGUGGCGCGCGUCGAUCCCACUAUAGGACGGCGGCUACGAUCAGCUGCAAGACCUAGAUGUAGUCGCUACAGAUAACGGCUAGCCACCUAAAGGGCAGUGACUAAACCAGUGUUUGGCCAACGGUUGCACAUACUCUCGUCUUCCUCCAGAUGCAGAUCUGUGUUUCUGAUGGAAGCAUUUUUAUAAAAUGUUUUCCUACCACUAAUCUACUCUUAGGUUUUAAGUUUUGAAGCACUUAGUGAUUCCUCAAUAAAGCCGUGUAAUGCAAUAGUCUAUAUCGACCAGCCUAUCUGUGUAGUACAAUUCAAGAGAUGUAACAUUAUGCCAGUUAAGAUUCCCACUUCACUUCAAACAGAUGUAUUAUUAUUCCAUGUUAUUUAUUUAAUAUAUUAUAACUUAUUUUAUGUAUUUCUUUGGAUAGUUUAGUAUUGCCAGUCGUUUAUGUGAUGGCUUGAUUUGAUCAAAAUUUAUGUAAAAUAGCGUUUCAUUUAGUUAUCGGAGGCUUAUUUGUUGUUUUGGGAUUGCAAUCCCUUCCUUGUAUAUUUCUUUUAAUUGUGAAUAGUUUCAGUUGUUAUAUAUUGUGCACCAAUUUGUUAGUUAAAGAUGCACAACACGUCUCCAUAAUAGUAAAUAACAUAGUGUAAAUAUCCGACACAUUCAAAGUAUUUUGUUAAACUAGCAGGAGUGUAGGAAAACGUGAAAGAUUUAAAGAUUGAGCUUAGUAUGUACAUAAAUGGAUGUUUUUCAUAUGCUUAAACAUUUCUUUUUCAUUGGAUGACAACUGUUCAAUGUCAAGAUUCAUCAGUAAAAGUUGUAUAAAAUAAAAUGUCAUUAUACAU